AUGGUGGCCAUGUCCAUGGCCGACGGCUACGCCAGGCUGACGGGCAAACCUCAAUGUGUUAUUGUCCACGUUGAUGUCGGAACUCAGGGCCUCGGCGCUGCUGUGCACAACUCUUCCACGGGCCGAGCCCCAGUCUUCGUUUUCGCUGGUCUCUCUCCAUUUACAUUGGAGGGCGAGCUCCGAGGCAGUCGGACCGAGUAUAUCCAUUGGAUCCAGGAUGUGCCCGAUCAGAAGCAGAUUCUCGCGCAGUACUGUCGCUACUCAGGCGAAGUCAAGACUGGCACCAAUGUGAAACAAAUGGUGAACCGCGCUCUGCAAUUCUCCAAGUCGGACCCUCAAGGGCCGGUAUAUCUCUGCGGUGCCAGAGAAGUCAUGGAGGCUGAAAUUGAGCCGUACUCCAUCUCACAGGAAGAAUGGGAUCCCGUUGAGCUCGGCGGCCUGCCGUCAAAGGCCGUGGACAAGAUUGCCGAAGCGCUGGCCGGCGCCAAGGAACCGCUAAUCAUCACUGGCUACGGCGGCAGGGAUCACAAGUUCCCCGGCGCACUGGUCGAGCUGGCCAAUGCAGUCAAGGGUCUGCGAGUUCUGGACACUGGCGGAAGCGACAUGUGUUUCCCUGCAGACCAUCCCGCAUGGCUCGGCCUCAGGUUUGGAUCAGACGAGGCAAUCAAGACGGCCGAUGUCAUACUUGUCCUGAACUGCGACGUGCCUUGGGUCAACACGUUGUGCCACCCGCGCAAAGAUGCUAGGAUUUUCCACGUUGAUGUUGAUCCGUUGAAACAGCAAAUGCCUGUUUUCUACAUCAAGGCCGAGUCGAGGUACCGCGCAGACAGCCUGGCCGCCGUUGGUCAGAUCACGGGAUCAGCUCAAGUCAGACAAAUUGGCGUCUCUGCUCAACAGCAAGGAAGCCGAAGACCCGUGGCAUGCAGUUGCAGGAAUCUACAUCCUGGGUCGUGGAUCAACUGCGGCGGCGGCGGUCUAGGAUGGUCCGGCGGAGGAGCGCUGGGCAUCAAGCUGGCGAGUGCCGCUGAGAACGGCGGCAGGGGCAAGUUUGUGGUCCAGAUUGUGGGCGACGGGACCUUCUUGUUCUCGGUCCCAGGAAGCGUCUACUGGAUUGCGAAGCGGUACAACAUUCCAAUCUUGACCAUCGUCUUGAACAACAAAGGUUGGAACGCACCACGGCGGUCGCUUUUGCUCGUUCAUCCCGACGGCGCUGGCGCUAAGGCAUCGAAUGAGGAGAUCAACAUUUCCUUUGACCCAUCGCCUGACUACGCAGGCAUUGCCAAGGCAGCGGCGGGUGGUGACCUGCUGGCUGCGAGGGUGGGCCAUGUGGAGGAACUCGAGGGCAUGUUGAAGAAGGCGAUUGAAACGGUUCAGGGAGGACAAUCGGCUGUUCUCGACGUCAAGGUUACGAGUGGCUGUUGAGCGAACGAGCAAAAGCCGCAGGAGAGUGAUGAUUAUCACCACACAAAGAGGGUGUUCGGGCCCAAUACUGCCGUACAUGGGUGCCGUUCACG